AUGUUUAGACAGGCUUGCUAUAAUCAUCUAAAGAAAAUGUCUGUUACUUAUAUAAAUACAACCCCUAAAACUCCUGUUUAUCAUAAACCAUCAAAAACAAUAAAACCAGCAAAAGAUAUACUUAUUUUAAUACCUGGAAAUCCUGGAUUAGUUGAUUUUUAUAUAUCGUAUCUUGAUUUCAUUCAUGAAAAAUUCCCAAAUUUUGAAAUAUUAUGUAUAGGACAUGCUGGAUUUCUCAAAUCUAAAUCAACCAAGACAUAUAAUUUGGAAUUUCAAAUUGAUCAUAAAUAUGAUAUAUUAAAACAAAUGAUCUUGAGUAAAAAUGAACAAGGAAUUGUACCAAAUUUUUAUUUUUUGCAUCAUUCAAUGGGAUCUUUUGUGUAUCAAAGAGCACUUUCAAAAUUAUAUAAAGAUGGAUCAUUAAAAGAUGGAUUUAAUGUUAAAUUUAGUGGAUUUAUAACACCUACUAUUACUGAUAUUGCUGGAUCUUCAAGCGGACAAAAAUUAACCACAUUGAUGAAGUGGAAUAUCCCAAUUAUUCCAAUUGCAUUAUGGUUGAGUUUUAUAGUUGGGUUUCUUCCUGAUUUUGUUAUACGUACAUUAAUCAAAUAUCAAUUAGUUACAAGUAAAAUUGGAAAUAAAGACAUUGAUAUCAGUAGUUAUGAAAAUUCAAUUGAAGGAGUCUAUAAAAUUGUUCAAUCUGAAACUGUGAUUAAUCAAGCAUUAACCAUGGCUCAAGAAGAAAUGAAACAUAUUGCAUUUGAUAUUGAUGUGAAUGAUUGGUAUUUUAAAAAUUCAGAUAAAUUGGGUAUAAAAAAUUGGUUAUUUUUUGCAAAAACUGAUCAUUGGGUAAAUGAUGAAACUAGAGAUUUUUUAAUUGAUAGAUAUCAUGAUGAUAAAGUAACAGUAUGUGAAAUAUGUAAUGAUGAGGAAAAUCCUAUCUCUCAUAGUUUUUGUGUUACUCAAAGUGAACAAUUUGCAAAAAUUACAAUUGAUAGAAUUAAAACCUUGUGUGAAUUGGAUUUAGAUUAG